CACGCAAUACAUAAUUAUAUUAUCCUUGCUUGAAUAUAAGCCAAAUUCAACUACAAAUCAUGUUUAAACGGAAACUUAAAGCACUGAAUUUUUGUGAUUGGGAUAAAGUUGAUGGAAAUGAUAAGCAACAUAUUAAAAAAUUGGUUCUAUGGUUGGAGAAUCAAAAGAUUCGCCAAUACAAAUUGGACGAUCGAAAAGAUUUAAACAAUAUUGCCUCUGCAGAUUGGCAAUUAUAUUUUGAAAAAUAUCUCAAAGAUGUUGGUUGUCCAGAAUUUGAAACACAAUUAUCUAAAAUAGAAUGGUUGAUUGGUUUAGCAGUAAAAUUAGAGUUUGAAGACAAUCAUGAAAAGUAUAAAUCAGUUGAAAGUAGCAGAACAAAAGUAAAAAAUAUAAUUGAUUCCAUUGUGUCAACCACAAAUCCACUUGACAAUCUAGACUUUCAAAGUAAUGAUUUCAAGGAUGGAAUAAAUACUUUAGCUAAAUUGUUAAGUAUACCACAACAUCCAAAUCACUUAAUAACACUUGAAGCUUGUAGUCAAUUUAUCUGUAAAAGAUUAAAUCACGCAGCUGUACAGAAUCCAAAUUCUGUAAUAGUUAAAGGAAUACCUUAUCCAAUUAUGGAGACCAGUGUUGGAUUUAAUAUGGUUGAUCCUGUAUUAAAUAAUGCUGCAAAAAUAUUGAGUAUAUUGUACAUUCAAGAUUUAAGAGAUCUCCAAACAAAAAUAAACGAAGCAAUUGUUAAUGUUCAAAAUAUUACAGCAAAUCCAAAAACUAAUACAAAAUUAGGUAAAGUUGGCAUUGGAAAAAAUUUAAAUUACAAAUAAUUACUGUUAAUAUUUUUUCUAAAUUAUAAUAUUGUAGA